AGCCGCGGCUGCUGCCCGAGUCAGUCAGUGAAGUCAGUCGGUCGGUGACGAGGCACAAUGGAGUUGCGGACUGCGAUCUUUUUGCAGACGCUGCUCUUGGGGCUCGCGUCCAGCACGCUGCUGCCGCGGACGGCCGAGAUAUCGCUGGCCGAUGCGCGUCAGGAGGUGCUCACCUCCGUGUCCGGCCUGUGGGCUCACCUGAAGCUCAAAAGUGACAGCGACCCCAUGAACGAAAUCCUCCGAGGAUUCAACGCAGUUGACGAGAAACUGUCCACGGUCCACACGAUGCUGUCCAGCGAGAGUCCGGGCACCGGCCUCUUCCUGGGCAACAUGUGGUCGUGGGGCAAAACCCUGGCGGCCGUUCAGACGACCGACAGUCUGUACGAGACGGUCAGAACGGCCUUCAAGGACAGGCGCAACCUGCAGGAGGCGAGCGCCGCGGUCGUCAAUCCGCGGGACGAGAGCAAGUCCGUCACGUCGGCGCUCGAGCGUCUGCAUGACGCGUCCGUCGGGACGGAAGGCGACGAGGGCCUCUUCCAGAAUGUGGUGACAGCCGUGACCAAGGACUCGUCAAAUAAAGUGUGCGGACUGGAGCAGUCGCCGCAACAACUUGUUUUCAACCUGUACAACUUAGCAGCGCUUACGGAGCUCAAAGGCUACGCAAUUUUGCAGUUUUCUUGGAUGACUCUCCAGCAAUUGGAAAAUGGAAGCUUCGUCGGCGAAGCGGAGGUGAUGCGUGCCAAAACGGAAAAGAGGUCAGGCGAGAAGGCGCGAGUGGCUCGCGAGGCGAUGCGAAAAGCGAGUCGGCAGGUGUGGCGGUGCGACCCCAAGAAACACGAGGAGAACGUCACCUUUAUCCAGCUGACCGAGCUGCUGCAGGGCUACGUGCAGAACGAGGUGGACCUUAACUCGAAGGCGUCGUGCGGCGAGAACUGCGCCUACUACACGUACGCCAAGGUGCACGGCUGCUACCACAACCAGUACUGCAGCAAGCAGCGAAAGUGCAACGGACGCGUUUUCAGUUGCCAGUACAUCGACGCGGACAGUUGGGUGUGUCCGUCCGAUCAGCCCAACCGGCGCUACGACUACAUUGAGUACGAGAAUGGACGCGUACUGGGCCGUCCUGGCUUCUGCACCCGCGGCACCACCAAGGUGGACAGUUGGUGGCGCUGGCUUUUCUGGCAUUGCUCCUACUGCUUCUGCACCUGCGACGACGACGGCCCCAACUCGGACAGGUACUUCAGCCUUCGUUCGGCUCUAUCCAACUACACCGCUGGUUACGCCGUGGUCGGAAUGAGGUUUGUGAAGCUCAACCGAGUGAUUCACCUUCAAGUACAACAGGCAAAAGUCACUCCAAGAGGUGGAGUGGACGUCGCUUCUGCCGAGUGGGUGGCAGUGGAGGCCUUUGACGUGGCGGCCACAGCCCCUGGACGCGACUACCACAAAAUGGACUACGAACAGCGCGCCAUCGACCUUGACGACCUUGUUGCGCCGCCGGGAUACGUCCUCACGGGCAUCCGUUUCCGGCGCAUCGGCACGCACUUGAACGCCGAAAUUCUUGCUAGCCCGAUGGACAUGGAGGCCGGCACUUUAAAUGCGGACGCCUCCUUAUGGAUUGGCAACGACAAUACGGACGCGUCCAUCGACAACCCGAGGACAGGGGUCCCCCUCGUCACACCGGAUAUUCCUACGCGAACGAGUUUACCGUCCGAGACAGACUCCAGUUCAGACCAGUUCGUGACCUUCACGCACUCGGAUAUGAGCAAGGACGCCGCCCAAACGACGGUGCCCUUCUUGGACGCACAAUCUGUGCAGACGGACCCGCCCAUUUUGCUGUCUGGUGCGGGGGUUUAUCACAAAGGACGCAGGGGAUUCGGAGGAUUUGUGGGGCUACGUUUGAUCACCUACGACUUCAGCGAUCUCCUCGGUGUCAACGAUACAGAUAUGAAUCUCAAUAAAUAAUUUAAUCGACCACUGACUGCUUUUACCGUUAGCUUGUAUGUAUUUGUAUGCAAUAGAGGUAUGUAGGCAAUAAAAUAUUUUCUAAGAAAAAAACUUUUUUGUCUCA